GCGCGCGCCGCCGCGGGGCCGCGUGCAGGGGCCGCGGGAGCGCGCCAGCGCGUGCGUGCGUGAAUGCCAGUGAACGAGCGAGGUCGCGAGCGCCCUGGCGCCGCGUGAGAGCUGUAGUAGCGGCGGCUCCCAGAUAUAUUUUUGCCAUCAUGGAUCGGUUUGAAGAUAUAUCAGAAGGUGAAGUUGACCAUUCUUUCUUUGAUAGUGACUUUGAAGAACAAGCAAAGAAAUGUGAAAGUAACUUAGUUGUGGAAAAGCAAAAUGAUGACCCUGAAGAGAGAAUAAAUAAGAAUACAGGAAAUAUAAACUUGAAAUUUGGAAUACAAACAAAGAAAUGUUAUCUUACUGAGAAGGGAAAUGAAAGAAAAGCAAAAAUUCCUCCAGAUGAACAUCUUGUAAAGAAUGAUAUUUUGCAUACCAGUUCUUCAUCAUUGACCACUUCUUCAGGCUCGAAAAAAUUGAGUGAUGCUGCAACAGGACAGAAAAUACAUUUGCCCAUUCCAAAUAGAAUUCCCAAAAUUGUAAAAGAAGGUGAAGAUGAUUACUAUACUGAUGGAGAGGAAAGCAGUGAUGAUGGCAAAAAACAUGUGAAGUCCAGGUCAGCUAAAUCAUCUACUAACUUCAAAAAAAGCGUGAGCAAAAAGUAUUCCAAAAUAAGUUCCUCUUCCUCUUCUUUGUCUUCCUCAUCUUCAAGUUCAGGUACAGACUGUUCAGAUGCAGUAUCAGAUAUUUGUAAAUCUCAUUCCCGUCCAUUAUCAAGGAAACAUAUAUCUGGUGUAACCCUCUUAUCACCAAAACAGAAAUAUAAGUCAAGAAUAAAAUCAGCAGGAACACAGCAUUCAAGAACUAAACCAAAAAUUGGUGACUACCCAGAGGAAUCUGAAGAUACUGUGACAGAUGUUACUCCUUUAUCAACUCCAGACAUUAGCCCUGUUCAGUCUUUUGAAUUGGGUGCAUCAAAUGACCAAAAAGUAAAAGUUAAAAGGCAAGAAAAUGUGAGUCAAGAGGUAUAUGAAGAUGUCGAGAUUUUAAAAAAUGAUUCAAAAUAUUUGAAAACAGCCAAGAAAGGGAAAGAAAAAUAUGGACCUAAUCUUGCCCCAAAGUCACCAGUGUUAGAUUCUGAUUUAGAUCACAGAUAUAAUCAAAAAGUCUUACAUGACACAAUGGAUCUGAAUCAUCUUUUAAAAGCUUUUCUGCAAUUAGAUAAAAAGGUACCACAAAAACACCACUUUGAUCAUCCCUCAGUAGUACCUAGAAAAAACUACUCUUUCACAAGAGAAGAGGUAAGAAAGAUUGAUCGAGAAAAUCAGAGGCUUUUGAAAGAACUGUCAAGGCAGGCUGAAAAACCAGGAAGCAAAAGUGCAAUUCCCAGAAGAUCAGUUGGUCAUACCCCUAAGUUAUAUCAUAGUGCUCUCAAUAGACAGAAGGAACAACAAAGGAUUGAAAGAGAAAAUUUGGCUUUAUUGAAAAGGCUUGAAGCUGUGAAGCCGACAGUUGGUAUGAAACGUUCAGAACAGCUGAUGGACUAUCAUCGUAAUAUGGGUUAUCUCAGCUCAACACCAUCCUCUAGACAAGUGAGAUCUGCACUUGGUCAAUACAGCCCAUUAAGAGGAGCUUCCAGGACAUCCAGUGCUACCAGUGGUCUCAGUUGUAAGACUGAGCGAUCAGCUUUUGAUACAACUAACAACCUGUUGCUAAGACCUAAGCCCCCUAAUGUCCGCACUGCUUGGUUAUAAACAUUCUUUUUUACUUUAAACAUUGUUCAUCUAAUUUUUGACAAGAUUUUGUAUAUUACUAUAAUUCUAUGUAUAAAUAUCUGUUAUACUUUUUCAGGAAUUUACUUUUUGUUUUCCAGUGCAAAAUUGUUGUCAAAAAGAAAAUUUAAUGUAAAACCAGUGUUUGCCCUGAGUAUGUAUUUAAUGAAAUGUAUACAGAUUUAACAGAGAAAUACUAGUGAUAUACUAGUGAUAUAUGUUCAGUAUAAAAAUUGAUUCACUUGUCAUGAUGAUAAAACAGCAGUGAUAGUAUUGUUGCAUGGUGGGCCUGAGAUGAUCAAUAUAUAGUUUUGUAUUGUUUUAAUUUCUUGUACACCUUAAGCCAUGAGCUUGCCUCUUAUUUGACUUAUUUUUCAAUUUUUAUGCCAACCUCUAUGGCAUGAGUCACAACCUGAUUGUAUGAGAGUUACAUUUUGUUAUGAAACAUCCUAAAAUUUGUUUUCAUAGGUGGAACUGAAUUAGAGUUGAUGAGCAGAUUGAGAGAAGCUUGUACUGAGGCAAUCCUUAAUAAUUCACAAGUAAUUGCUUAGUAAUUCUGUAUAAGUGUAUUGAGUUUUGUCUUCAAAACUUGAGUAAUCAUUCCAAACCCUCUCACACUGAAUAUUAGAAAGUUCGACUUACAAGCUCCUUUUUAUGAUUUUAUAUAUUUAAGUAAAGUACUAUUAAUGAUCCUGACAAAGGCAGUGGACAUUAGAGUUCAGUCUGCUGCCUUGUGACUGACUAGUUUUUUUGCAGACCACGUCAUUUGUGUCAUAAGCUAAAACAAGGAUUUGUUAGAUCUGUAAAGUAGCACCACCAGUUUGAAGAGUCAAAAGGCAGUUCCCAAGGUAUGUCAGAACAGUGUUUUAAAUGAUACUGUUAGCAUAUUUUGCAAUGAUUUAGUAUUAUUAAGGGAGAAGAUUUAGAAUAAGAAUGCUUUAGAAAUUCCAGCUAGUCUUUAUAGAGUGUGAAAUAGAAAACUAAAAUGUAAAUAAGAAGGAAAAUAAAUUGUACUUUUGUUAAGGCAACUGCUUUUGUUUUGUUUUGAUUUGGCUUAUUUGGUUGAAUCCUAGAAAUAUUUUUACCAGUCUUAAAUUGAAAAGCCUAGUUAUCUUGAUGGAAUUAUUAGUUGCAGAUAGGGUAUAAUAUAGUUGACAUUCAAAAUUAGCAUAUUUUUCCUGUCAAUCUGUAGGCUCUUAUUUCAUACAACAAAGUAUGAUAUUUUAUAUUACCACUGUUUUUCAUUGCUGGCCUUUUUAGUAUAGCCUUAGAAUGUAUAGGAAAACUUUCAUAUUAAAUGAUAAAUCUUUUUUUUAAUAUGAAUUUUCUCAAACCACAGUAAGUUUUGUUUUUUCAGUGCUCAAGCUCUGUAGCAUGUAUGCUACACUUAUUUUCUUAGUACACUUAGCAGUAAGGCAGGUAAUAUUUUACUAACCAUCAAUUCAUAAUUUCUUGGCCUUAGUUUAUAUUCAUAGAUUUUGUUUAGGAUAGGGCAUACCCAGUAUGGAAACAGUGGGGUUAAAAAAAUUCAUGAGAACACAACCUGGCUUUGAGUUUUUUUGCUGCUUUUCUUUGGUGUGUAAUGUUCUUCAACAUUAUUCUGUGCUUUGUUCAAAUGAACAAGUUUUACACCUGCUGUCUAUAUAAGCUUUAGCUGUACUAAACCAAGGUUUUUAUUUUGUUUUGUUUUUUAACUUACUGCACUUUUACUGUUUGUAGAAAAACUUAUCUUUAAGGAGAGAUAAUGCUGAAUUUAAAACUCAGCAUUUGAACAUUUGCCCAAAGGUGGUAUAUAUGAGUGUGUGUGUGUGUAUAUAUAUAUAUACAUAUAUGUGUAUACAUAUGUGUGUAUGUAUAUAAUAUAUGUAUGCACACACACACACACACACACACACACAUACACACACACACACAUAUAUCAUUUCCUGUUCAUAAUGGCAUUAGUCUGAGUUUAUUUAUAUGGACUCUGCUUCCAGUUGUCAGGAUACAGCACAUAGUUUCAUAGAUAAAGCUGUUCUUUGAUUUUAGAUAUUAGUUCAAUCGCUUUAGUUUCUACUCCUUUGAAAUGGGAAGUUUUAAGUAUUAUAACAGGGAUUUGACUUAAAAGUUGAGGAGCAGCAAUCUUUUUAAACAGAAUUUAUAAUUUUGUUGUCAUGGUUGCAUAUAUAUGAUGAAUUUGAGUAGGUGGAUGGGAGUUGGAAAUGAUUUAAGUCCCAGACUUUUAAGUUUUAGGGCUAAAGGGGCAUUUUUAAUAAAGGAAUCAUAAGUACAUUAGUCUCUUCAUUUUUAAGAACAUAAAAGAUGUUCGAGUACUGUUUUGUAUUUGGUUGACUUGUGCUUAAUAUAUGUACUUUGAAGAUUUAGACUUAACAUCUAUAACUAGAAAGUAUACUAAUCCAAGGUCUAAUUAUUAACCAGAUUCUUAUUGCAAAUUAUUUUCAUGUCUGUCAAAUAUUAAACUAAUAUUGCCUCCUUUUUAAAAGAGAUUCUGUGAAAGAUUGUGAACUAUUAAAAUUAUUUCUUAAGGGUAGCUAUUAUCUCAUACUUUCCUACUUCCUUUUUCAACUUCCAUAAAAAGCUGAUUUUUUGGCUUCCACUCUAAAUAAAGUUUUCUGGUUUGCUUAUAA